AUGGAUCAAGACGAAGCAGAGGUCAAGCUAAUUCUAAAUAAAAAAGAAAGCGACGGUUGUCGAAACCCAACUUUAUCUGUUCUUCAUCGCGCAGGGAAACUUUUAACAAUGAUCACGAUUUGUGGAAUUAUCUGUCUUUGGGAUGGAAAUUGCAAAACAUUUGCAAAUACAAAACUCGAGUUGGAAAGGGAAGACUUCACGGAGAUUGCUCCAGGCACUUUAAUAUAUUCAGUGUACUAUGUCUCGUCUGAAACACCAAAUUUACGAAUCAUAGCAAUUUCAGAAACUUCACGACAACCUAAGCUAUUCUGUCAUUCGGUAUGUGGCGAUCUGGAGAUCCAGGAGGCGAAAUUUCACUUGAUUUCCUCAGGUCAUAGUCAUAAAAACGAAACGCAUGCUGCAUUCAUUGUAUCGUGUGAACUACCCAGUCGAAGAAAGAGACAUCCUAGGUGGGUUUCCCUCUCUGCUGAAUAUGACAAGAAACGAAGCCAGAUAAUCACAUUUCCCGUUAUUUCUACAGAAAAUGAUCUUCUUAUCAAUAAUGAGUAUGCAGUGUGCAUACCUCCUGUAUUUGGAAAUGAAAUAACUCCAACCAAUUUUAUUGAGUUCAUUGAAAUGAACCACAUCUUUGGAGCAAAAAAGUUUUUCAUUUACAAUCUAACAAUGAACAAUGAACUUUCCAACGUUGUUAAUAUCUAUUGUAUUCGAGAUGUUGUCAUAGUGAUGCCAUGGAACCUCCCAAAUUAUUUGAAUGAUUUACAUGCUUUACAUUACCAUGGGCAAUUGGUAUCUGUGGAAGACUGUCUUUAUAGAAACAAAGGCAGCACCAAAUGGCUUGGCUUUUAUGAUUUAGAUGAAUUCCUAGUGCCCUUAAAUCAACCUACCAUUACAUCUUUAUUGAGAAACAUUUAUCGUCAUGAUGCCAGUGGUUACUGCAUUCAAAUGGUCUUGUUCCCAAAAGAUGAUGUUUUCACUUUAAAAGACUUCAAGAACGGUAGUCUUCUUGUUACACAGCAAUUUUUUUUCAGAACAAACAAUGUUUUUCCUAAAACAAGGAGAUCAAAAUGCAUUGUAGAUCCUCAGAAAGUCUUUGAAAUGGGAAUACACUAUAUUAAUAACCCAACAUAUGCUUACUACAUAGAAACAUGGGUUAAUACAAGUCAUGUCCUGGUGUUUCAUUAUCGACAAUGUGUCAGGUUCCCUGACCUUACAGAAGCUUGUAAGAGUCUUAAAGAAGAACGCCUCAUGUUAAAAUACAAAUCAAAGCUCAUACAAAGGGUUAAUCAUAUGUUUAAGAUAAUUACAUGA